AUGGCACGAAUAUCGCUUGCCAUUCUGGCCGUCGUUUCUAUUUCCACCACGACCGGCGCAACAGCAUGCCUUGCUAUGCUCUCUUCAAAUCUGUCGACUCUCCCCGCGGCCAGGGCCACAGCCAUUGCCGCUGCGGCUCUACAGGGCACCCUUCUCAUACUGCUGUCUUGGUUCAUAUCAGCGCAUGCGCUAGCGAAGAUUCGCGAGAUUUCGAGGCCAUACACUGGUAUCGCCUUUGGUCUUGGAGUCCUAGCUAGCAUCAUCUCGCUAGUCGCUGCCGCUCUUACAUUGGUAUCGCUGGAGACCUCUAGCAGCUACGACGACCGAGUUCUGUCCGACCGCUCGCCAAAGAUUGUUAGCGUCUCGGUCAUUUUGGCCGUUGCUGUCGCCAGUCAGAUUGCAUUCAUGACGAUACACUUUGCACAGCUACACCAAAAAAGAGCCGGCGCGCGCCACCUCUUCGCCACGAGGGAAGCUUCGCCGUGGUCACCAGUCGCAUAUGUCAAGUCUAUUCGCUACAGCCAGACGCUACCGAGGAAAAGUGACUCGGAGGAGUCUGAGUCUUUUGGGCUGAAAGAAACUCCACCCUCACUGCGCAAUAAGCUCGUCCAGGCCAGCCCUAUUAAGCUUGCGUUCCCACAAGCCAUUCGCCAUACAUCUUCGCGAACAAGGCUACUGCAGUCAAAAGACAGCACGCAAACUCUUACAAUCGAUACAUCCGGCCCGAAUGCUACUCAGGAAAGCUUCGAUACCUGGGACACGUCAUCUGUCGAUGUGCGCAAUCGCCAAGUUGUCAUGGAAGUCAGCACAUCGCCCAUCACCCGCAGUUGCACUCUGGAAACGAUUCCCGCCAGCCCUCGAACCAGUGUCAACCCUGUCAGCAUCCUGGACUUGGCACCACCACGACCGAUUCUGAAGCGCAGCCGCAGCCACAGCCCGGCGACAAGGCGACCAAUCCCGCGCGGGAGAGCUCCGGCCAGCCCUAGCGAGCUGCACAUUCAUCCACUGUUCCGGUCAGACUCUCCCAGCACCCCGCCUAUCCUGACUCCGGGUACAAGGGUGGAUGCCGCGCCGGAGGCUGGCCAAAUAAUUUUCCAACAUGACUCUACCAGGCAACUCCCUCGCGUCCGUAGCGGAAGCCUGCCGACCAUGUCGCGCAGCCCGUUUGUUCAGCACAUGGACUCUGGCAGUGUCGGAGAAAAGGCGCCAGAGCAGGAAAGGAAAAUGACACCCCCAGUGCCUGACUGGGUGUUGAACAGCAAAGUUCCCCCAAUUCCACGCAAAUCCUCAAGUCGCACUGGUUUACGGGCUCCUGUGCACUGA